UUGUAAUUUUCCCAAACACAUUAUUACACAACUUUACCUUCUCAAUCAGGCUAUUCUUUCCAAUUUGGCAACAGCUUCGUCUUCUCAAAACUCCCGAGUUCCCAACUGAAACUGACUCACCGAGUGACAAAGUCGAACUCAGUAAACCAACGAAAUAGCUUUCAUGACACUGCCUCGGCCGUUGUUCUCAAAACCCAUUAGGACAGUACCACCUCCACCUUUACCAUCAUCCUUCAACAAAACUGCAAAACUGAGUCCAAAUUUGAAUAGGAUCUCUGGGUUUAGUCCCCAUGCUUUCAAAUUCAUCGUCUCCGUGGCUGCCAGCUCUAGACAUGGCGUUUCUUCUGACCCUCAACAUUCAUCGUCUCAGCUGAUCCCUUCCAAUGUCGACUCCGACUCCAGUUCCUUCCAGAAUUCACCAAGUGAAGUAGAAGCCGUUGAGGAAUACUUAGACAAGGUAAUAUACAGAUUUCGGUUCAUGGCGUUUUUGGGAGUUUUGGGGUCUUUGAUUGGGUCGUUUCUUUGUUUCAUCAAGGGCUGCACUUAUGUUGUACAGUCUUUCAUGGAAUACUCUGUAAAUCGCAGUAAAGUGAUCUGGUCGCUGGUUGAGGCCAUUGAUGUCUAUCUUUUGGGAACAGUGAUGUUGGUGUUUGGAAUGGGUCUUUAUGAGCUCUUUAUCAGCAAUCUCGACAUUGUGAAGUCUUCACAAGAGAAUAAACCUACUGACAGAUCAAAUCUUUUAGGCAUGUUCAUGCUGAAGAUUUCCCCUGUUGUCCGAGCCAGUGGUAAUAUCAACCAGAUGGGUCUUGGCAUGCCCACUUCACCAUAGCCAUUCUAGAUACACAUGUCUUUCACCCUUGUUCUGAGAAUUCACAGAAGAGAGAAGAAAGGGGAAGGAGAAAGAAAAGAGAGGAGAGAGGAACUGACGAGAAUCCCCUAAAAAGGGGGUUGAGUGGGAGUCACACAUCAAAGUUCAUGGGAAAUUGGACAGGUUUGGCAGCCCUACAUUGAAACUUUUAUAGCUUCAGGGGGCACCACUGGCAAUGAUUUUUCAUUUUUCCAGGAGGCAAAGUGCCACACAGGCCAAAGUACAAGGGAAAUAAGUGAAAGUUUUCAGUAUUAGUAUAUGUAAAAAUAAGAAUUUUACAGAGUAGAGUUAGUUUUAUAAACUUUUACUCUCUUCGUUGGGAUUCGGAUGAAACCAUGGAUGCUUCUUGUUGGAACAAAAGGUCAUAAUUACAGUUGUGGUUUAACUUGCAACAUCUGUAGGCUAAGUUGACUUGUAUAAAUGUAUUGAGCUUUUGAUUUCCUUCCU